UUCUAUGCGGGAAUCAAUCUCAGCCGUCAAAUCCAUGUCGCAUAGAAAUGCGUUCCGCCUUUUGAGUACAAGUAGAGGGAACUCGAGAAUUUAGAGAGACAGAAGUGAGGGUUUUGAGUUUAGGAUUCUAGGGUUUUAAAGCGAAAAAGGUUAUAAAUUGAAAAUGGAUCCCCUAAAUGGCGAAGGACAAGAUGCAUUGCCACCUCCACCACCGAUCAUACCGCCUGGUGUAGUACCAGUCAAAGCCGACCAGGGGCAAGAUUCACCCCCUAGAAAGCCCUCAACACCAAAGAGGGUACCAAUGGCAAGACCUGGCUUGGCUAAGAGAGGUCAGCCUGUACAGUUGCUAACUAAUCAUUUCAAAGUAUCAGUUCGGAAUGUGGAUGACUACUUUUACCACUACAGUGUUGUCAUUAAGUACGAAGACGACCAUCCUGUGGAUGGAAAGUCGGUUGGCAGACAAGUUAUUGACAAAUUACGACAGACCUACGACAGCGAGAUUGGUAACAAGGAUUUUGCAUAUGAUGGGGAGAAGAGCUUGUUCACACUGGGUUCCCUCCCGCAAGUGAAGAAUGAGUUUACUGUUGUUCUGGAGAACACAUCGUCAAAUAGAGCUGCUGGAAAUGGAAGCCCCAGGGGAAAUGAGAGCCCGGGUGAAAAUGAACGCAAGCGCACGAGGCGACCAUACCAGACAAAGGCCUACAAGGUUGAGCUGAAUUUUGCUGCGAAAAUCCCGAUGCAGGCCAUUGCCAUUGCUUUAAAAGGACACGACACCGAGAACUCCCAGGAAGCACUUAGGGUGCUUGAUAUCAUCCUCAGGCAGAAUGCUGCAAAGCAGGGCUGCCUGCUGGUCCGACAGUCAUAUUUCCAGAACAAUCCUUCAAAUUUUACUGACAUUGGCGGUGGAGUUUUGGGUUGCCGAGGCUUCCACUCCAGUUUCCGGACCUCCCAGGGGGGUUUAUCAUUGAACAUAGAUGUUUCAACAACAAUGAUAGUUAAACCCGGACCUCUUGUCGAUUUUCUUAUUGACCACCAGAAAGUCCGAGAUCCUUUCCAAAUCGACUGGGGGAAGGCGAAGCGAACACUAAAAAAUUUGAGGAUAAAGACGAGCCCAUCAAACACAGAAGGGAAAAUUGUCGGUUUCAGUGAAUUACCUUGCAAUCAGCAAUUAUUUACUCUGAAGCAAAGAACUGGUAAAGAUAGUAAUGGAGAUUUCGAUGCCCAAGCAACCGAGAUUACAGUUUAUGAUUAUUUUGUAAAACAUCGUAACAUAGAGCUCAGGUAUUCUGGUGAUCUUCCGUGCGUAAAUAUCGGAAAGCCAAAGAGGCCUACUUAUAUCCCUAUUGAGCUGUGCUCCCUAGUUUCAUUGCAAAGGUAUACAAAGGCUUUAACCACAAUCCAAAGAUCCUCACUUGUUGAGAAGUCCAGACAAAAGCCUCAAGAGAGAAUGUCUGUUUUGAGCAAUGCACUGAAGCACAAUAAUUAUGAUGCUGAUCCUAUGCUCAGAGCUUGUGGUGUUUCUAUUAGUAGUCAGUUUACCCAAGUAGAUGGGCGUAUUCUACCAGCACCAAAGUUGAAAGUUGGUAACGGUGAAGAUUUUUUGCCUAGAAAUGGCAGAUGGAAUUUUAACAAUAAGAAACUCUUUGAAGCGACAAUUGUAGAUAAGUGGGCUGUGGUCAAUUUCUCAGCUCGCUGCGAUAUGAGAAAUCUUGUUCGUGAUCUUAUUAAAUGUGGGAACAUGAAAGGAAUCCAAGUGGAUGAUCCAUUUGUUAUUCUUGAGGAAAAUCAUUCUAUGAGAAAUGCCCCUCCUCCAGCAAGAGUGGAGGAUAUGUUCGAACAGAUUAAGUCAAAGCUACCUGGAGCCCCCAAAUUUUUACUUUGUCUCCUAUCUGAGCGCAAAAAUUCUGCUGUUUAUGGACCGUGGAAGCGGAAAUGCCUGGCUGAAUUUGGAAUAGUUACACAAUGCAUAGCGCCACAAAGAGUUAAUGACCAAUACCUUACAAAUGUUCUACUUAAGAUCAAUGCAAAGCUUGGUGGAAUUAACUCUUUGUUAGUACAAGAGCGAAUGACAAAGAUUCCCUUUGUCUCCGCCUCUCCAACAAUCAUAUUAGGCAUGGAUGUUUCUCACGGCUCACCUGGACAUUCUGACGUUCCAUCUAUUGCUGCGGUUGUUAGUUCACGACAGUGGCCUUCUAUUUCCCGUUACAGAGCUUCUGUAAGAACCCAAAGCCCAAAGGUUGAAAUGAUAGAUUCUCUGUUCAAGCCAUCAGGGUCUGAUGAUGAUGGGAUUAUCCGGGAACUUUUGAUAGAUUUUUACACGAGUUCUGGUAAAAGGAAGCCUGACCAAAUUAUUAUUUUCAGGGACGGUGUCAGUGAGUCUCAAUUCAAUCAGGUGUUAAACAUUGAGCUCGAUCAAAUUAUUGAGGCAUGCAAAUUUCUUGAUGAAAAUUGGUGCCCAAAGUUUACGUUGAUAGUAGCUCAAAAGAAUCACCAUACUAAGUUUUUUCAGCCUCAAUCACCUGAUAAUGUUCCACCUGGUACUGUUGUUGAUAAUAAAGUUUGUCACCCCAGAAACUAUGAUUUCUAUAUGUGCUCUCAUGCAGGGAUGAUUGGUACGACACGCCCAACACACUACCAUGUAUUGCAUGAUGAAAUCGGGUUUGCACCUGAUGAUCUCCAAGAGCUUGUUCACUCUCUAUCUUAUGUGUAUCAGAGGAGCACAACAGCUAUCUCCGUCGUUGCUCCUGUUUGCUACGCACAUUUGGCCGCUACUCAAAUGAGCCAGUUCAUGAAAUUUGAUGACUUGUCUGAGACUUCCUCGAGCCAUGGAGGGAUGACUGCUCCUGGGGCCAUUCCGGUGCCUGAACUGCCACGUCUCCAUGAAAAGGUGAGCAGCUCAAUGUUCUUCUGCUGAUGGAGAAGAUCAUGUUUUUGGUGAUAAUGCUAACUAUGACAGUAGAAACAACUUUAUUGUAUAUAUAUUGCUCUAGAAGUAUGGUGUUUAUUAUCUAGGAGGCACUAGAAUCAACAAUGGUUUUGGGGUGUUUAUUUUGAGAGGUUUAUCUGAAAGCCCUCUGGUGAAGUCUAUGUUGAACUCGUGAUGCAAAGAUGCAAAGUCCUCUAGUGACAAUAGAAACUGCCUUUAUUUUAUAUAUUGCUCUAGAGGUAUGGUCUUGUUAUUAUCUAGGAAGCAUACUAGCAUCAACAGUGGUUUUGGGAUGUUAAGUUUGAGAGGUCCUGAAAGUCCUCUGCUGAAGUUUAUGUUGAACUUGUGAUGCAAUAUGCUAAUAUGCAAGUGUUGCUCUUUAUUUGA